AUGCGGGAUCAUCUUUUCUGCCACGGAAAUGGGGAUCCCCUUAGUGAGGGAUCCCCCUUGGAAAGGGCUCCCUCUUCAUUCUUCCCUCCGGCCCCUAAGGCCGGCUCAAAUCCGUACGCCUCAGCACCGGCCCUAUCAACCCCCAUCCCUGGAGUGGCGGAUUCUCCCGGGACUCGGGGGCCCCAGGCCAAGCACAGCUCCACUCCAGCAAGGCCCUCUCCUGUUCGCCAAGCUCAAGAGAACGUGCACUCCACACCCCCACCCCGCCGAGCGGACACCCCGAGACCCCUGGAAACCCCUCUGACCUCCACUCACCGUUGCCAAAACGCCCCAAUCCCCACAAACGGAGUGUUCAACCCGUCCAGGGAACCCCCUCACCUACCCUUCGCACUCGGGCAAUCCCCACCCCAUCUGAAGAGGUGGAGCCCCUCCCGGGGAUUCCACCCCGAGUCCCCCACAGGAGUCAUCUCCACCAGCCAGGCGGCUUCUCCGCCUCCUCCUCGCAGCCGCCGCCGUCGCCGGGAACCUCCACAGCUCCUCCCGCUGCCGCCCCCGCCGCCCCAUCCCGAUCUUCUGCAGACCGACCAGCCCCCUUCUCCUCCCACCCCCCAGUGCAGGAAGACCCCCGCCCGGGGCUGGGUUCUAACUGGAAAUAAACUCGAGUUGGCGUCUCCUCCCCCCACCCCCCGGCAAGGCUCUAGGCGGCUCCAGAGCUUCGGUUCCCUGAGGGAAGCCUCGGAUGAAAGCGGGGCUCCCUCCCGUCAGGCCCCCAGCCACAGACCCAACAGACCUGAGGCGGCGGCGUCCAGCCAGGGGCCCGAACCAGGAAGGAUCCCAGAUGGAGGAAGAGAACAGAUCCCAGGAAAAAGAGACAGAAACUUCUGCGGUCAAGUGGGGGAUGGUGAUGGGUCCGAACUGGAGGACCUGGGAGAGCUCCACCCGCUCUCCGGAGGCACCGGCAAAGAUCUCUUCACAAAGGAGGGCCAGGAAGGCAGUGAGAGUCGCAAGGACUCCGGAGGAAUGGAGGUGUCGGAGAGGGAACUCAAGGCCGAGCGUGCUGGGGGGUAA